AAAACACAAGAAAAAACUUAAAUUUCUCCCAGUUAUACUGUUUUAGCAGAUGCAGACAAUAUUUUAGAGCAUGAUGUACAUUGGGGUUCCACCCAAUUCCACAAUUCUCUUUCACCCCAUGAAUCGAAUCGAAUCGAAUCAUACUCCUCUUUUAAUUAUUACUAUUAUUUAUUAGUAUUCGAUUAUCACCACGCACAUUUCCUCGAUCUUCCCAACACUAAACCAAUCUCUUCACCUAUUUCUUGCUUGAUUUGAAUCUCAUCACAACAUAUCCAACUUCCCCACUUGUGAAAUUCUCCUUUCAAAACCCCACCAGCCUGCACUCCAACUCUUUUCCCCACCAAAACAAACAUCCUAUAGUAAUAAUAAUCAUCGCUUCAUUUUUAUUUUUUAUUAUUUGUCAUUUGAAUUGGCAAAUCAUGGAGGAGAGGCGGCUUCUUCUGCAUGAGCUUCUGAAAGAGGAUCAAGAGCCCUUCCUCUCCUUUCAAAAACAGAACAAGCCCAAGCCCAAGGCCCAAAACCGGGCAGAGUUAGGCUUGCUCGGCUCGUUGCUCAAGAGGCUCAGGGAUCGGAGUAAGAAGCGGAAGCGGGCCAUCGAGGAGGUGAUUGAAAAUGGAAAACAGAAUAAUAAGGAAGAAGAUAAAUGGCUGGAUUUGGAGGCGUCGACAAGCAGCCGUGUUUCCGAGUUUUGUGGCGGUGAUGAGUCGUAUUUCAGCGUAAGUCCUUUUGUAUUCUCUUUCCAGCAGAGUCCCUCGUCGACUGGCCGCCGCACGCCGGAGUUGGACUCCCCCUGCCGCCGCGUAAAACAGGAGAAGGAAAAUUCGGACAAUAAUCAAGGAGAUGAGGAGGAAGAGAAGGAGCAAUGCAGUCCGGUUUCGGUAUUGGAUCCUCCGUUUGACGAGGACAACGAGCGCGAAAACAGUAGUGCCAACGAAGAAGAUGAAGAAGACUACGAUAUGGAAUGCAGCUACACGAAUGUAGAGAGAGCCAAACAACAGCUCAUGCAAAGGCUAAGGAGAUUUGAAAAACUUGCAAAAUUGGACCCUAUUGAGCUCGAGAAGAAGCUGCAGCUGGAAGGAUCAGACGACGAGGUCCAUGUGGAACGAGAAGGAGACGAGCCAUUGUCGGCCGACAUGAAGAGGCUCGUGUAUGAUCUCAUAGACGAAGAGAAGGAGCAGAUGGUUCAAUCGGGGGGCAGUGAAGUUGUGAUGGGACGAAUCUGCAACCGGUUGGAUUCGUGGAAGGAGGUCGAGUUCGACACCGUAGAUAUGAUGAUAGGAUUGGAUUUCAAGAAAGAGUUUGAUGGAUGGAGUAAGCAUGGGCAGCAAGUGAAGGAGACAAAAGUAGAAAUUGAGGUUGCAAUCUAUUUGCAUCUAAUUCAAGAAAUAAUAGAAGAAUUGUUGAUUUAAAUUUCGAUUAUUAUAGGACUAGUUAUCUAAAUCUUGGAGUUAGUUAUUUAAUUGUAGUAAUCUGAUGUAUGUAAUGUGUAUGCUAAUUAAAUUCUUGAGUAUUGGGAUACAUUAAUUGAUAAACUAAUUCAACAUAUAUAUAUCUAAA